GCUGUGGUAACCAGUGAAAACCAUUUCCGCGGUUUGAGUCGCCAUUCUUUACGUCCUUUGUACGUUUGGAAGUUCUCUCCGCUAGUCAGCAAGUAGUUGUUUAGGGAUUAGACAAAUGUACAGACUGUCAAACAAGAUCGAAUCUUUUCCUACGAGAAGCUGAAUAAUAUUACGAACAAAUAGCUACAAUCUGAUCCAGUUAAAGCUUCACGGAGGAUAAUCUGAGCGGGAAUAAAUUGGUGGUGUCCCUCAUCAAAAGCUAAAAAUGAUCACCAGACGAAGAGGUCGUUCAGACAACACCGAUGUGGAGGUGCACUCUUCAACUUGUCCUUUUGAUGUUGAAGUCACUGACUUUGAAAUGAUAGAAAAUGUUAAAACGAGUCCCUCUGAAGAAAUUCGGUCAGAGAAUGGAGAUAGUACAGUUGGAUUAGAGCUGGAUGAUUUAUUUGGAAUCGACGAGUUACACUGGACAUUUGAGAAGGAUGCAGUCUCCCCUCUUUUCGACAUUGGAUUGGCCGAAUUAGGUGUGGGUGACACAACAGAUCAAGAUUUUUGGAUCGGCACAUCCAGGACCCCAUCGCCCGAAGGAGUGUCUGCUGUUCAGAAAAGGAAGGGGAGAGAUGACCCAUCUGGGCACAUGAUCAACAAAAACGCUGUCGCUGCGCGAAUUAAUCGUCUGAAAAAGAAGGAAUACGUGAACGGGCUGGAAAAUAAAGUCGGGUCUCUGUCGUCAGAAAACCGCAUACUCAAACAGGAAAACGUCCAAUUGAAUAAGAGGGUAGAAGAGUUGGAAGAUGAGACGAGGUACCUGAGAGCUGUGUUGGCCAACGAGAGCAUGUUAGCCCAGCUGUUGUCAAGGCUGAGCGGUGUGAACGGCAUGAAAUUAUCUUCCUCGCUUUUCCAGGGGUCCAACAAGAAUGACGACCACGAUUAUGCCUUGCCCCGGAAACAUGUGAAGGUGGAGGAAAAGGAGACCUCUGGUGGCAUCUGUCUGCACGUGGACAAGAACAACKUCUCAGUGGAGUUCUGCACUAAGUGUGCAGAGAGUGCAAGCGCAUCACUCAAAAUUUUUCUUCUAGGUGAUGAUUGUUCUACCAUGCUGGAUGAAUGGGUUACAGAGCGUCCCUGUCUGCUUGGCUCCAUGUGGAUUCUGCUGUUCGGGAAGCUGAAGAGGCGGGACCCGCUGCUGCCAACUUGGCCUGGUAUUUUUUUAAAGGUAGUAUAACAAAGGGUGUAAGUGACUACAUUUAACCAGUAUCCCAUAACACCUUCUUUGUAAAAAGUAGUGAAUUUAGAAUAUAUUGUGGAUGACAAGUGUUCCACUACCUAUUACAUUGACAAUAUUAGAGGUCCUAUAACGGUUUGUUCACAAGUUUAACCUGACUUGUUGACACAUUGGUAUGUAACCCAGUUGUUUAAAAAAAAAACUAGUCAAACUAUCUUGUUAUCGAUGUGAUCCUGAUAGAAAUGGACAUCACCAAUUUUGUAUAAAGUGACAAUCUUAAAGAAUGUUAUGUAAAAUACAAAGAUUUUGUGGCAACUUUUUUUUUUCUAAAUGAGAACAAUGUUUCAGGAACAUGGAUAUGAUUGACAAUAAAUCUUAUUUUGAUUAUA